ACUAAGUACUACCUAGUACCUACUUCAUGAUUCUAACAAGUAACAGCGGCUUUUCACAAUUUUCUCUAUUAAGUUCUAAGUUAAAGAUUGUUGUUCUAGACUCUAGUGUGUUUUUGUUAUUGAUUUGUUAUUAACCUACCUUUAAGAACUGCUUGCAUCAAGUUACAUUUCCAGGCUAUUUUCGUUAUAUUUCCUGAUACCAACUUAGUACACAAUGAGCCAAAAAGAAAGAAUAAAGAAAGCUUUGGGAAUCUCUGUAUAUCCAUGGAGUUCUGAUGAGGAGUCAAAUUCUGAUGAACCGGCUGCACAAGCAACUGUGCAAAGUGUUGAACAGGCGGUAACUACAGAUCAAGCUGGCACUGGUGCUGUUUCACCAAAUGAAAAUCCAAUUAGUGCAGCUUCGGCAGAUGCAAGGACAGAUCCAGAAAACCUCAGAAGGUUAAGAAAUAUAUAUUGGAAGAUGCUUAAUCUACCAAGUCAUAUGUUAGGUUCUCAGCAAAUAAACAGACGUGAUCUGGCCGAGAUGCGACGUUUAGGCCCCAACACUCCGAUAUCAAGUAUAGAGCGCGUGAUCGCUAUCAACAGAGUGUCCGAUUGGAACAGAUUGAGAAGAGGCCUCGCUUCAAAUUCUAAUCAUGCGGAAGAAGAAGAAUCAUCAUCUGAUGAGACGCCUCAAGACAAUACGACGGCUCCGUCAACUUCUAGAAUGACCCGAAGAGGGGCAAGGCGCGUUAUGCUCGCUGGAACGAGUCAACAAGCCACGUCAAUGGAACGCGAUCGGCCGGAGCGGCCGGCAUCUGCUCCCGGAGAAGGCUAUCAAAAUCAAAGCAGCACUUUGGAAGCUAAUGAAAAUGAAGCAGCACCGGCGGAAGGGCAAGCCGCGGCUCCUUCUCCACAAUCGGAAGAAGUUCAAUCGGAUAAUGAAGAAGAGAGUGAUGACGGUCAAAGGAGAUCUCCGGACCCCAACCCGGAGCCGGUGGGGGCGGGGACGGGGGCCGAGCCAUCAGCCAACGCGGGAGCCGCUGAAACUGUUGAAAACGAAUCGCGUCAGGCAAACGACGAGGAAAACGAAGAUAAUAAUGCUAGUAAUAACUCUGAUGAUGAGCAACGUCGCCGACGCAAAAGGAGGAGGAUAGUGACCCACGAGACCGCCAUUGCUUUGAAGAAAUUUAAUGAGAAGUUUCUGCGCGUACUGGAAUGUCCGGUGUGCCUGGAGUGCAUGGCGCCACCGCUGAGGCAGUGCGGCCGCGGACACUUACUGUGCUCGCGUUGUUGCUCCCGUCUCAACUCCUGCCCCCUGUGUCGCACGGGACUGUCGUCGGUGCGCAACCGGGCGAUGGAGGCCGUGGCCGAGCUCUUGAAGUAUCCGUGUCGCCACGGAUGCGGACAGGAGAGGCGCUUGAAGCAUCGCGAGGCCCACGAGGCGAAUUGCUCCUCGCGGAUCUACAAGUGCCCCGCCGCCUCGUGCACCGAAGGCUCCUCUAUGACUCUCGGGGAUUUGCCGAGGCAUCUGCAGAUGCGUCACCCCGCCAUGGUGAAACGGAGCCCCCGGCACACGAUGAGGGUCCCCAUGAACCAGGAACACAGGGAGAACAUGGUGCUCAUGGUGGGGCCGGAGCUGUUCCACCUCAGGCUGGACGUGGAGCAACGGCGGGGCCUCCACGUACACGUCGCGUACUUGGGGCCGGUCACCCGCGCGAAAUACUUCGCUUACGAGGUGUCGGUGGACGGAGACGAGAUGCGUAAACUGGUGUACACCCGCGUGACGCACAGCGACCUCGAGUGCUCCUCGGUGAUCUUGCGCCGCGUGGAUUGCUUCCACCUUCCCUUGGCCCAAGCCCCGAACUAUUUGCGCUCUCAGCCCGGGAACAGCGAAGCGAACGCGGGACAUUUGGAGCUCACCGUUCAGAUAUUGGUGAACGAGCAGAGGAGUACGAAUCUCAACGAGCCGGGUUCCUGAUUGGAGGGGAUCGUGUACGUCAGCGAAGGACGUAUUGUACGUUACGAGACGUGCCCCAUAGUAGACUAAAUUAUCUGGACGUUUUAACUUGUGCUACGCGUGGCCAAAUGCGGAAACGAGUAGGUAAAUUGAAUACUAAAGAAAUCACCAUUGUUCUAUCGGACAUCGGCUUAAGGCCGUCCUGGUGGUGAGCGGCAGACGAGACGGUCUCGGCGGAAUGUGUAGUAGUCAUUUAAGUUACGAAAGUGAUCUCGUAAAAGAGACUUUAUUCUUAGGAUUUUAAGGGACGUACUAAUCUGACUCAAACGUGGUAUAAACAACGGCCGAUUCAUAGAAAGGGGAACGUUCAAGUAUUACGUAACGAAUUGGGGGGUAAAGCGUUGCGAUGCGGAGAUUGAAUUAUGCGUUAUUUUUAGUAUUAUUUUCGACUUUUCGAUACUUUGCACCACAUAAAUGCCGACUUUUAGUUUAACGAGUCAAUGAGUCACAGAAAACGGGGCGUUACAUGAUUACAUUAACACAAAAUAGUAUAUUUCAUUACAAGUGCGGAAAGCCUGUCAUUGCAACGAGUUCCGACGACGAA